AUGCCCGAAUCCUCCGCCUCGUCCUCCCCCGAGGCGCACACAUCCGCGUCCAAAACCGAUGACGAGAAGCCGUACCACUCGAAACGCCCCCACAAGAAAUCAAGAACCGGCUGCAAGAAUUGCAAAGCGCGCAAAGUCAAAUGCGACGAAGCCCGCCCGACCUGCCGGUCCUGCAGACUGCGCAAGACCGAAUGCAUCUAUCCAUCUUCGUCACCAAAAGCGACACCGGCGGGCACAGCGGUGCCAAUCAGGAGCAAAGACUCGCCAUUGCCGUCACUAGAGGCCGAUUACUCCAGCAAUGACCAGCCCUCUCCGUUCCCGCCUGCGCUCGCGGCAACUUCCAACCCCGGCCAAUUUGAUUUCGACCGCGAUACGACUACACCGAGUUUCCCUUCGACCGAUGACUUGGGCUUGAUACCGUCCAUAGUUGUCGAGCCCAUGUACCGCCCGGCACCAGCAGUUGACGAAAUCGAUAUGCGGCUGUUGUGGUUCUAUACUACUUCGACGUGCUCCUCCUUCAGCAUCGAACGCGGUACAACCAGGCCUCUCGAGUCCCUGAUGCGCACCACAGUUGUCCAGUACGCCUUCGAGACACCCUUUCUCAUGCACUCGCUGUUUGCACUUGCAUCUCUGCAACUACAAAGCCUGGGCAGUGCAAUCGAUCCACAGCGAUCAUUCUACUACCGCGCCAAAUCAUUCGAAGGCUAUCGUAAAGCAGUAGAGGAUGCCAACCCUGCCACGAUACCUGCCCUUCUCGCCAACUCCUUGUUUCUCACCGCACUAUCCUCGCAGACUUUCCGGGAUCCGGAUACGAAGGAUCUCUAUAUCGUAGACUGGAUGCUUGUUUGGCGCGGGAUCGGCCUGAUGAUCGGCGCUAUGGGUGUUGGGCCUAUGAUUGAUGCCGGCCUCAAUAUACUGUUCUACCGGCCCGUCAUAGACCUUGAUGAAGCCACAUUUUCCAUCCCUAACAACUUGCUUUUCAUGGUUUCCUCCAUCUCAACCGAUGACCCUGACCAUGCCGAAGUUCAAGUCUACUACAACACAUUGAGAUAUCUGGGUUCCCUCUACUUCAAUCUUGCUACCAAGGGAAUGACGCCCGUCAUGGCCCUCCGGGUCAUCACCUGGUUCACAUUUGUCCCCAGGCGGUUUGUAGAGCUCGGGAGGGAAAUGCGGCCGCGGGUUAUCGUGAUACUGGCCUAUUAUGCCAUGUUUCUCAAACUCACCACCAACAUCUGGUGGACGGCUGGGAUCGGUGAACGUACCCUGCGGGAUAUCAGAAAACACCUCAACGCGGAAUGGGUAGAUCUGGUGAGAAUUCCAUUCCAGACAAUAAGUGUGCACGACAGCACGAAGGUGGCACGCAUAAUCUUGCAGGAUCCGGAAUGGAAUAACCCAUCCACCAUAGCCGGGCUUGCAGAGAGCGAGGAGGCGCUGGCCGGUGUCCGAAAACUCACCUGGGUUGACAACGUAGGUGAGCCGAUCACUUGGCAAGACAAUCAACCGGUGCUUGUCAACCCAAACGAUGAAGGCUCAACAACACCUACCUGGUCAUUAUGA